AUGGAAUUUUUUAUCAGAAUAUUUAAAAUAAACACAAAGCCAGCAAUAGUUGAAAAAGAGUGCGAUGUGAACUCAUUGGAGAUGGCUAGUAUUUUCAGCAAAACAAAAAGCGUUUCCAAUCUGAAUAGCGGUGAGAUAGACCAUGGCGCAACUAGAAGACAAUCAAAGCAGAAACGAAAACACUCCAUAAGAGAAAACAAAGAUAGCAGUCAUGAAUCCCUGUGUUACAACGAUAAGUAUCAGCGUACCCUGAAAGCCACAACCCGUCGAAAGAAUAAAAAGAAGCGUCGCCACAACAAAUAG